CGCAGUGCGACCCUAUAUUGACAAUUCUAGUCCGUCUUUGACUGGACUCUAUCUAUUGUGAUCAUUGUAGUGAUCAGUCAUGCAAUCCAUUGUGAGGGGAUGCACCCCUCGUUCCAAAUUCAAUCAUCCAACAAUGUUGUCAUCAUUCACAUGCCCAUCCAUUAUCGUCAUUACACCCGCCAUCAAGAAGGGUAUGUCCGUAUUCUGUAUGUGUGAUGCACCCGUUCACCCAGGACCCAACAGUCCCGGUCCCAUCAAUGAGCAAGAUGAAGAGGGUUGCUUCAGGAGCGUAUAUCCAAGACGUCUGUGUCGUCGGUGCCGUAAAGUGUAUAUCCAGAGGGAAUAUACAUGAGGUCUAAAUGCGUAUAUGUCAAGUUGAAGCCGUCGCCAGCGUUCCAGCCCGUAUGAACCGCGGGACGGUGGGUAUCUUUAGAAGAAAAGGAGCAAAAAAUUGAAAAGAAAAAGAGAUCUGAAGGGAUUUACAUCCAGACAGCGAAGAAGAUCAUGACAAUGACGAGGGCGACGCUCAUGCCAGU